AUGGAUGACCGCUCGCAUCUGUAUAUCGGCACUGCCUUCGUCGCUGGUGUCCUUCUCACGCUGGGGUUUAAAGAUCUUGUCUACCCGGAAUUAGAGCGCCGCGUCAAAGACUACUACUACUACCAGGCAAGCUCGCAAGAGAAGACAGCAGCAACCUCUGAAGAUGCCUUGAGCGCCAGACCGGGUCCUCCAGCGAUCGUUGAAGGCAUUGAGGGCUGCAUUGGAAACACACCUUUGUUCCGAAUCAAAUCAUUGUCCGAUGCGACGGGGUGCGAGAUUUUGGGCAAGGCCGAAGUACAUAGUAACGCAAUCCCACCCACCCCUCUGGACUGUCUCUUACAUUCCCCGCAGGCCGAAGAACACGGUAUCCUGAGACCUCAUUCAGGAGACACGAUUUAUGAGGGCACUUCCGGCUCUACGGGGAUCUCCUUGGCUACCUUGGCCCGUGCGAAAGGCUAUCUCGCGCACAUUUGUAUGCCAUCAGACCAAGCGAUUGAGAAAUCCAACCUCCUCCUCAAAUUAGGCGCCAUCGUCGACCGCGUACCACCCGCGCCCAUAGUGGAGAAGGACAACUUUGUGAACCGCGCGCGAGCCCUUGCGCAAGCGCAAACCGCAUCGAACACAGACGGAAGAGGUUUCUUUGCCGACCAAUUCGAGAACGAGUCCAACUGGCGGGCACAUUUCAGUGGCACGGGCCCUGAAAUCUAUGCGCAAUGCGAGGGGAAACUGGAUGCUUUCGUGGCGGGCGCUGGGACUGGGGGUACCAUCUCUGGUGUGGCACUCUUCCUGAAGCCAAAGAUACCGAACUUGCAUGUGGUACUGGCCGACCCUCAGGGAAGUGGCCUGUACAAUAGGGUUCGUUUUGGCGUCAUGUUCGACUACAAGGAGAAGGAAGGCACUAGACGACGGAGACAGGUCGAUACUAUUGUUGAAGGAAUUGGGAUCAAUCGUGUGACGGCGAACUUUGAGGCUGGGAAGGAGCUGGUUAAUGACGCAGUCAGAGUGACGGACGCUCAAGCUUUGGCUAUGGCUAGGUGGCUUGUAGAGAAGGACGGCAUAUUCAUCGGCAGUAGCAGUGCCGUGAACUGCUUCGCGGCAGUGAAGACGGCAAUGAAGUUGGGACCCGGUCACAGGAUUGUGACAGUGCUGUCUGAUUCGGGUUCGAGGCAUCUUUCUAGGUUCUGGGCCAAAGCCGGAGAUGUUGGUGGCGCCGUGGAUACAAAGCUGGAGGAUGUUUUGAACGCGAAGGAAGAGGAAUAUUAG